GAGUUAUAUAUUAGCAUAGAGAGAGCCUUCACUAUGCGCGUCCUGACGACAAGAUCUCUUCGACUGGUUUGCGCUAUCUCUUUCUAACACAUCGUACCGAGAAACUAAGAUGACAUUAAGGUGUGAGUAUAGGCACGGAAGAGGAGGACAACUGUCUCAGCUUAAUAUGCGUAAGAGUGAAACAGCACUAAUCCAAAGAAAAAAGAUGGUGUCGUCACUUCGCUUUGAAUGAUACUCUCUCUAUGUCAAUAUAUACCUCUAUGUUUGGCGCCUAAUUCAUAACCCAACUUUAUUAAAUAAAACGUCAAUUUCAAUUUACAACUACCAAAAUAAAGAAAUAUAUUUGAAAAUUGUAUCCUAUUUUACAUUUACUUAAUCAUGGCUACAGUUACAAUUCGAGGUGUUCCGAUUUCUUUUCCAUUUGAACCAUACGAAAUACAAAAGGAAUACAUGGAUAAAGUAUUAGAAUGUUUACAAAAUGAAACGAAUGGAGUGCUUGAAUCGCCAACAGGCACUGGAAAAACUUUAUCAUUAUUAUGUUCAACUUUAGCGUGGUUGCAGCUGAAAAAAGCUCAGGUUCAAGCACAAAGACAAAUCUCCAUGCAAGAAAAUGAAAACGAGUUUUUAGCAACUAUCAACAGUAAACUAAACGACAUUGCGGGUAAACAAAUUAGUUCAAGAGCUCUUUCUGGAAUUCCUACUGUAAUUUACGCUUCUCGCACACAUUCCCAGCUCAGUCAAGCUAUGCAGGAAAUGAAGAAAACAGCUUACAGUCAUAUGAAAGCUAUUGUUUUAGGCUCUAGAGAUCAGUUGUGUAUUCAUCCAGAAGUUGAAAAGGAAGAAAAUAGAAAUUUUAAAAUUAUGAUGUGCCAAUUAAAAAGAAAAACAAGAUCUUGCAAAUUUUUUAAUAAAGUAGAAGCACAUUCUCAAAAUAAGAACGUACUGGAUAUAAAUGUAAUGGAUAUUGAAGAUCUCAUUAAACUUGGCAAAUGUAAUGGUUUUUGCCCAUUUUAUAUGUCAAAGGAAUUAAAAGAUCAAGCUGAUAUAAUAUUUAUGCCAUAUAACUACUUAAUAGAUCCUUCAAUAAGAACACGGUUAGGAAUUAAUUUAUCAAAUACAGUUGUGAUACUUGAUGAAGCUCAUAAUGUCGAAAGACUUUGUGAAGAAUCAGCUUCUCUUCAAAUAAAGUCGUCAGAUGUUGCGUUAGCGAUUGACGAAGUGACAGCUAUUAUGAAAAUGUUAUCAUCAGACCAAACAGUGGAAUUUGAAGAUACGCCUAAAGACUUUGACGCUAAUGAUCUAUGUAACCUUAAAGAAGUAUUCUUAAAUCUUGAACAAGCUAUAGAUAAAAUUGAUUUAUCGAGUGGACAAAAUUCUGAGGUGACGCUUGAUGGUACAUUUAUAUUUGAGUUAUUAGCAGAGGCUGGAAUUCGUGCAGAUAAUUUCUUUAUUAUUCAAAAAUUAAUUAACAGUAUCGUUCAAUAUUUAGUAACAGUAAACGAUGGACCAUUUGCUAGACGAGGAAACAGUCUACAAAUUUUUGAAGAAAUUUUAGGGGUUGUGUUUAUGGAUUCUUCAACUGAAUUUAAAGCUAAAGUCAAGAAAUGUUACAAGUUGUAUGUACAGCCAGAGGAAGUGAAGAAGAAAACUCCAGAUAAUUGGCUAUCAAAAAUGGUAUCUACCAAAGCAGGAGGAAAAAUAAUUAACUAUUGGUGCUUUAGUCCAGGUUUUGGUAUGAACAUGCUAAUGAGACACGGUUUAAGAACAUUGAUAUUAACCAGUGGAACUUUAGCACCAUUAAGGCCGCUCAUAUCUGAGUUAGAACUCCAAAUUAACGUGAGAUUAGAAAAUCCGCAUGUGAUAUCCGAUGAUCAGUUUUGUGUUAAAAUUAUACCAUCAGGUCCAGAUUCCGAAAAUCUAAAUAGUAAUUUUCAAAAUAGAGACAAUCCUAAGUAUAUUAAUUCGCUUGGCAUGACAAUAAUGAAUAUAGCUAGAAUAGUCCCCGAUGGUAUGUUGAUAUUUUUCCCAUCAUAUCCUAUUAUGUUGAAAUGUCAACAGAUGUGGCAACAGAGCGGAGUUUGGAACAGCAUAUGUAACCAAAAGGCAAUUUUUGUAGAACCGAGAGAUAAAAAUUCAUUUAACACAGCCAUGACUGAGUAUUAUGCAAAAGUAAAAGAUCCAGCAUAUAAGGGAGCAAUAUUUAUGGGUGUUUGUAGAGGAAAGGUUUCUGAAGGAUUAGAUUUUGUUGAUGCCAACGGUAGAGCAGUGUUGAUCACUGGUCUGCCUUAUCCUCCUUUCAAAGAUCCAAAAGUAUCGUUAAAGAAGCUCUACCUAGAUAGAUGUAAUGCAGAUGAUAAGGGAUAUCUUAGAGGACAAGAGUGGUAUAAUUUGGAAGCAUCUAGAGCGGUAAAUCAGGCGAUUGGCAGAGUAAUACGACAUAAGGACGAUUAUGGCGCCAUACUUUUGCUCGAUUCAAGGUUUAACAGUAAAGUUAUAAAGGAUCAAAUGUCUCUAUGGGUUCGAAAUCAUAUCAGAGUAUCUAAUAAUUUUGGUGAACUAGUAAGAGACUUACGGCAGUUUUUCAGAAAUGCCGACAGUAAGUAUAAAUCUGUGCUUGAGGCAAAAUCGUUAGCACCUCCUUCAGCCGAAUUUAAUACUCACUUGAAUUAUAAGUCUGGCGGUUUGAGUGCCUCAUCAUCGUCCGAUAAUUUGGAUAGCACAGGAGAAGUUGUCAUUCAUAACCGAACAUCAAAAGAAGACCGCAAGCACCCUGCGAAAAAAAUUAAAUUGACUGUUGUACCAAACUCUUCGAAGUCAGCGAAGCAAGAGCAAGGCGACGUUACCAAAGCGUAUAUUAUUAUGGUGAGAAAAAAUCUAGAUGAUACUUCAUUUAAGGCAUUUGUAGAGGCCAUACAGAAUUAUAAGGCUGUGAGUGAAUUAGGUUCCUUAACGUCUAGUUUAGAUGCUAUAUUUAAGACAAAGAGCCACUUAAAAUAUCUAAUUCCGGGUUUAGAAUCAUAUAUUAAAGUAGAUCAUAAGUCAGAUUUCAGCAACUAUUGUCGAAAAAAUGGUUUCCUUGAUAUUUGAGGUUAAAAUUAAUUUGAUUUGUACAAAUUGGACCGUCCAGUGAAAAACGAAACAAUAUUAUGAGUAAUAGUUUAAAUUUUUUUUGUUCUAGAUUUAGUUAACAAAGACAGUUUUUUCCGAAAUUUUUUUAAAGAAAUCGUGAUCUUUUUCCAUUUUAUAGGUACUCAUUUUUUAUUCUCGAUGAAAUUAAAGGCCAAAUUAUUUAUUUAAUCCACUAUUUGUCAAAGCAUUACGGUGUAAGUAUAUAUUAACUUAAUAGCUUAAGGCUAGGGCUCCACGAGCGACAGAUUGAGGCCACGGCCAGACAAGCGACAAUUUACAGCGCUGUAAGAGUAGUAAAAUGAAGCACGAAAAAUGGGUCCCACGGUGAGUGUAGUGGAUGGCCAGACUGAGCUGUAAAAUAUCGCGCAGCAACAUAGGAUAGGACCCAUUUUUAGCGCUUUAUUUUACUGCUCUUAUCUUGGUACUGGGGGUUGUUACCCCCGAUGAUGGGGUUGAUUUAGUUGAAACACUAAUUACCGAAAUAUAUUUAUUUACAACACUAUGUAGAACAGUAACUAGUUGGUUUCGGGAUGGAUAAUGUCUCUACUCUAACCACGUCGGUUUCUGAAUAAUGAAUAAUCCCUUUCUUUACUGUCUAUGUAUCUAUAAAUAAAUCCCAAUUGUUUGUUAUGAUUUCAUACUUGAAUGUGACCGUGAAUUACUAAUAUUACAUAAUUGCUGACUCCGUUGUUUUCAAAACGAGUGGCCUACAUUGCCGAAGCCGAAGCAAUGUCACCCAUUUACGUAAUGUAAACAGUAUAUGUAAAUAAUAUUUGUUUGAGACUUUUAAAAAUUAAAUCGAAAUGGAUUACUCUUAUUUUUUGGAUGCUAAUAUAAAUCCUGUACACUCUUACAACGUUGUAAAUUGUUCCUUGUCUGGCCGUAGCCUAACGCUAGCAGUAGCAGUAAAAUGAAACGUAAUCAAUGAAAACAACAGCGAUAAUAUUGGGCGGCUCCACGGAGCCGUAAAUUGUCGCUCAAGAUCGGGAAAAGGCGCGUCGUCAAGGUCAUGUCGCAGAUGGAUAGGUCCAGACUCCACUGCCAGUAUUGUGUCGCUCGUAGAUGUAAUUGCCAUUCAAUCAGACUUUUUUGUUCUUGUACGUUUAUUUUGGCAUGUGUGGUAUUUUGUAUUGUAUUCAUAAUAGAAAAAAUUGAGUUUAAUAGUGAACUAUUAACACUCCGAUGUACGACCCCUUCUAGAAUUACAUGAGUACACGACGGUGGCCUGUCAGGACCAAAAAUUGUGUAAUUUUUUUUCCUAACGUUUGGCACAUACAAAUUUAGAUUCUUUUUUUGUAAAACCUAUUGGUUUACGUUUAUACUAUAUGUCUUACUAAAAAUGAUAUUACUGCUGUUUUUGUAUAGAUAUGUGACGUCAAAUAAAAACACUAAUUUUUGGUAA